GGCCACAAAUAUAAUAAGAUUCCAAUAAUUAAGUUUAUGUCGUAUUUAACGGCUCAUAUUUACCUUAUGAUAUUAUUGUCAUUAGUGGCUAUAACACCAAUCAAUAACUCAAUAUUCAGGGAAAGUUUAGUUCCGAGAUGGUACGAGUGGAUGCUUCUAAUUUCUUUAAGUGGGCUUUUGCUCUUUGAAUUAACAAACCCUAGUGAUAAGUCAGGUCUAGGGUGGAUAAAAAUGGCCGUAUUGUUAUUUGGAAUGAUUGGAGUAGCGACUCAUGUAGUGGGGUGGAUAUUUGUUAUGCCUAAGUAUUGGCCAACGUUAAUGUAUUGUAGAAAUCAAUGUUUUGCCCUUUCCUUUCUUCUGGCUUGUGUCCAAAUUUUGGACUUUUUGUCAUUUCAUCAUCUUUUCGGACCAUGGGCUAUAAUAAUUGGUGAUCUUAUGAAAGACUUGGGAAGGUUCUUAGCAGUAUUAGCUAUAUUUGUCUUUGGAUUUUCGAUGCAUAUCGUAGCUCUCAACCAGCCGUUUAGAAAUUUAAAUAAACCGGAAGAUAAUAAAUAUGCCAGACAAGCGAGAAGAAAAGUCUUUUCAGACGUGACGAUGAAUCCACUAUUUUCCUUCGAGCUACUGUUCUUCGCUGUGUUUGGUCAAACCACAACGGAACAGACGAGAGUGCAUCGAAAUGACACCAACACGCAACCAGCGUGGACAAAUUACCUAUUCAAAAUUGUAUUUGGAAUUUACAUGCUGGUGUCAGUGGUGGUACUAAUAAAUCUCCUGAUUGCUAUGAUGUCAGACACAUAUCAAAGAAUUCAGGCUCAAUCAGAUAUAGAAUGGAAGUAUGGUUUAUCCAAGUUAAUUCGUAACAUGCACAGAACGAAUACAGCUCCAUCUCCACUUAAUUUAGUGACAACAUGGCUAAUGUGGCUCAUUCAUAGAUGUAAGAAUCGACUGAGUAAGAAGAAACGAACGAGCCUGGUGCAUAUGAUUGGAACGCAAAGGCAGGACCAACUGAGUGCAAGAUCGAAAGCAGGGGCAAAGUGGUUAUCCAAGGUAAAAAGAGGACAGGUUGUACCAAAAGAUUCUACCCGUCUGUCUGUGGUGCAUUUAAGUCCAUUGGGUUCUCAACUCAGCAUUAGUAACACGACGCGCAUUGAGAAUGUAGUUGACUGGGAAAUCAUCGCUAAAAAGUACAGAACUUUAAUGCGAGAUGAGCCUGAAGAACCCAUAACCAAAGAAAGUGAGGCUGAUACAGCUGAUGAAGAGUCAGAGAUAGUUCCAAACAACAUAGCUGCUGCACCUCCUUGAACUAAUUAUGUUAAUUGUACAGGAAAAAAAUAUAAGUCUGUUUUGAUGAAAAACUGCAAACAUUUUUUAGAAGAAGUACAAGUGUACUUAUCACUAGUAAAGUUGAAUUCGGGGGUUACGAGAUGAAUAAGGAAAUAUUACAAUGACAUUUAUUAUCAACAUCUUAUUUACUAGUCAAUUAGAGUAUGAUCGAAAGGUAUAAAAUAAAAAGGAAGGCUUAAAUUAUUUUUAAUUGUUUUAAAUUUUAAUAUUAACACAAAAUCAGACAUUUUGAGUGAUAUGUAUUUUUUUACGUUAAUGAUUUAAUUUAUAAUGUGUAGUAUGGUUUAAUUUCAGUAAAAUUGUAUUUAAUCUUAAAAGUGUGACAUAGUAUUUUAUUAAAAGAUUAUACUCCUUUAAUGUAUUGAUGUCUGUAUAUAAUACCUAGUCUUUAUUUAAGUUAACUAACACUACAUCAUCAUCAUCAUCAUCAUUACAGCCCUUCACAAGUCCAUUGCUGAACAUAGGCCUCCCCCAAAGAAUGCCACAAAGCACGGUCCUGAGCCACCUGCAUCCAUCGACUUCCUGCAUGUCUUACCAGGUCGUCACUCCAUCUCGUGGGGGGACGCCCUACACUUCGCCUACCGGUACGAGGCUGCCACUCGAGAACCUUUCUUCCCCAUCGGUUGUCGGUUCUUCGAGCUAUAUGGCCGGCCCACUGCCACUUCAGCUUACUAAUCCGUUGGGCUAUGUCGGUCACUCUAGUUCUACUGCGGAUAUCCUCAUUCCUAAGUUUAUCACGCAGAGAAACUCCGAGCAUAGCCCUCUCCAUAGCUCGCUGAGCGACCUUGAGCUUCCUCAUACGGCCAGCAGUGAAGGACCACGUCUCAGUUCCGUAAGUCAUCACUGGCAACACGCACUGGUUGUACAAUUUCGUUUUAAGGUUUUGAGGUAUGUCUGACGAGAUGUGUCGUAGCUUCCCGAACGCUGCCCAGCCGAGUUGAAUCCGUCUAUUGACCUCUCGGUCGAAGUUGGACUUACCUAGUCGGACUAUUUGUCCCAGGUAAACAUACUCGUCAACAACUUCGAGCUUAGUGCUCCCAACAACUACCGGCAUAGGUGUGACAUGGACAUUAAGCAUGAUCUUUGUUUUGUCCAUGUUCAUCUUAAGACCUAUCCGUUGGGAAACACUAUUGAGGUCAUUGAGCAUAGUGCUUAGGUCCUCCAGCGAUUCUGCCAUAAGGACUAUAUCGUCGGCAAAUCGAAGGUGAGUGAUGUACUCGCCAUUGAUGUUGAUACCGUAUCCUUUCCAGUCCAGAAGCUUGAAAACGUCUUCCAAUGCAGCGGUGAAGAGUUUCGGGGAUAUGACGUCACCCUGUCUUACACUACAUAACAACAAAAUAUAUAAUAUAAAAGAGGAAAUGAAAAUAAAUUAUUUUUUUCAAACUCUAACACUCUAUUGAGAAAAUUCAACAUUAAACAGAAAUUUUAACCUGAGAAAACAAAUCAGUGAUAUUUUUUUAUAUGUGAAAUAACAAUCAAAAUAGAAAAUAAAAUCGAGAAAAUUAGCUAAAAUUAAAUCAUCUGACCACACCUGAAAAAAUUAAAAUUUACUGUUGGAAGUUUUAGGUUCUAGGUGCUGUAGGAAAAUAUUCAUAACCAAAGUCAAGUUUAGCGAUGGUAAAGUUUGAUUAGUAAAUUAACUGUAUCUAUCAAUCUGUAUAUAAAAUAAAAAAUGUUUUAGUUUAUAUAAGAAAGAAGUUGUAUGUAUAUACACGGAAUUUUUGAAAUACGUUUGAAAUUUAUUACUCAUUGAUAACCAAGUAAGCAAAAAAUUCGAAUAGAAUGUGAAACUCGAUUUACAUAUAUGGAUCUGUCUGAUCAGGAAGCUGAGAAAGAUUGCGAUGUGUUAUUAUGUUAUUUUGAUUAUAACUUACAACAUGAUUAUUUAUAUGUACUUUUCUAGCUCCAACUAUACCUAUUAUUGUAAAUUUAAUAAGUAAAUUAUAAAUAUUUAGAGAUAAGUAUGUGUGUAAAGUUGUUAUAGUGUUAAUGUUGUAUCAGUCGUGGCCUUAAGUAAAUUCUUUUGUAUUUUAUAAAGAUUAGUGUAGGUAACUAGUGUUAAAUUAGGGAAAUUAAAUAUUUUUCAAAUUAUAGAUGUUCAAUUUUAACGUAAAUGUAAAUUUAGUUGUAAUUAGAAUAUUUUUGUAAAUAAAUGCGUAAAGUAUUUCUGUACUUGUUUUAAAUAAACGUUUU